AUGAGCUCAAACUAUUGUAUCCGUGAAAUCGAACUUACUAACCAGUAUAGCAUACGUAUAAGCCAGGAAAUUGAAAGUGAUGUUGGAGGUGUUGUUUGGGAUAGUUCACUUGUAGCUGUAUAUUACUUUUUGAAAUUAGGAAAAGGUUAUUGGCAAGGAAAGAAUGUUUUAGAGCUUGGUGCUGGUACCGGUGCUUGUGGAAUCUCUUUGGCUUUUUUGGAUGCCAAGGUUAUAAUGACGGACCUACCAGAACGUAUGCCCUUACUAGUAGAGAAUACUAAGAACAACGUGACAUUGACCAGAGAAAAUAUUAAAACCUUUCCAUUGGACUGGACGAGUUACGAUAAGAGUUCUGUGAAGAACAUAGAUGUCGUCGUUUUUAUUGAUUGCAUUUAUUACAUAAAUGGAGUGAAACCACUUAUUGACUUACUUAGAGAAAUUGAUGCUUCUGAAUCUUACUGUAUUUAUGAGAAACGUGAUAUUGGAGAACCCGCUAUCGCUCAAAAAAUGUUUCUUGAACUUGUCUCUAAUCACUUCGAUAUAUCAUAUGUGAAGGGUGAAGAGCUUGACUCUUGUUAUUCAUCAGAAGAUAUCCCAGUUCUGAGAUUAUGUCGUAAAAGUGGUAUUUGA